AUGGCAGUCACCUUCUUUGCUACAUUGAUCUGUGUUCUUGUUCUGCAAUCCUUCUUCUUAAAGAUCAACUCGAGCCCAUAUGGUUCCGAUGUGCCAAAAGGUGAUAAGGAUUUGUUAGAGUUUCCAUUGAAUCUGGAGUACUUAGAGGCUGAGUUUUUCUUGUAUGGCUCAUUAGGGUAUGGGUUGGACAAGGUUGCUCCCCAGUUGACUUUGGGAGGCCCUGCUCCUAUUGGUGCCAAAAAGGCCAAUCUUGAUCCCAUUACAAGAGAUAUUAUAGAGCAAUUUGCAUGGCAAGAAGUUGGACACUUAAGGGCAAUUAAAUCGACUGUCAAAGGAUUUCCAAGGCCACAAUUGGAUUUGAGUGCAGGGUCAUUUGCCAAGGUGAUUAAUAGUGCAUUUGGGAAGAACUUACAGCCUCCUUUUGACCCCUAUGCCAAUAGCAUCAACUACCUUAUUGCAUCCUAUGCAAUUCCUUAUGUGGGACUUACUGGAUAUGUGGGAGCAAGUCCCAGACUCCAAGGUGCUACUUCAAAAAGGCUUGUUGCGGGGCUUUUAGGCGUGGAGUCUGGCCAAGAUGCUGUAAUCAGAGGGCUUUUAUAUGAGAAGUCAAAUCUGAAAGUGAUGCCUUAUGGGAUAACAGUUGCAGAGUUUACCAAUCGCAUCUCUGAUCUAAGGAACAAGCUUGGCAAAACAGGGUUGAAAGAUGAAGGCCUUGUGGUCCCUAAACAACUAGGUGCUGAGGGCAAGAUCCAGGGAAAUUCUCUUGCUGGUGACAAAUACUCGGUUGCCUACGAUAGAACACCUGAAGAAAUUCUUAGAAUUGUCUAUGGAAGUGGCAAUGAAGCCACACCUGGUGGUUUCUAUCCAAAGGGAGCUGAUGGUGCCAUUGCUAAAUCUUAUCUACACACUGCAAACCAUUAA